UAACACGAAACUGAAACAGGUUAUGUAGAGUGCCCAACUGGGCCAUGUUAAAUGCUGUGCACCAUUGAAGUUCCACAACAAACUUCUUACCGCCACUCAACUCUAAACGGGGGAAAAAUGAGAGCGAACGGCCUACCAUCGUAUAGAGAGAGAUCUUGUACCAAAACAAAGAGCGCGACGAAACAUCUUUAUAAUGCUGCGAUGACAUCUCUCUAACAACUCAAUUAUCUUCUGUAUACCUACACACAUAUUAGUGUUGUUUUUUUUUUAUAGCCGAUAUAAUUAAGCCAUCACAGCGUCUAUUGUAUACAUACAUUCAUAUGUAUUUUCUAUUGUUUUUGAUCAGCUGCAAUUAUUUACAUUCAACGAAGAAAUGGCUAGCAACUCCUUCACACCUUCAACAAUUUAGUAAAGUUAAAAUACAAAAUAGUUGUGCGCAAAAUUCUAAAUGAAAAGAAGACAUUUCCUGGACCGCGAGAUAAGUUCAUUAACGCCGACAGCGCUCUAUCAAAUUACACGCAACGACGACGGAAGACAUGAUCAGAUGAAAGCGUGCAUUGUGACAACGCGGUGACAACCAAAAGAACAAAGUGAUCAUUUCUUUGAAUUCCAUUCGGCCACAAAAUUUAUUUAGCUUUUGGAUGUGGUCGAAGAUUACUCUGGUUACAUUUGUCGGUGUUAAAAGGCCUGAAGAAGCGACCAGGAUCCCCAAACAUUUCGAAGGGCAUACAAUUGCACAGUGGCCAUUUAACAGCAGCUGAGAAGAAAACCACCAAAAAUAAGUUAUAAAAUCUAAUUCCAAAGGUUUGGAAUCUCAAGAAAAGAAUUAACCUUCGUAAAGGCUGUGCAUUAAUCUUGCUAAGGAGGAAGGUCUAUCAUUUUCCCACUUGGGCCAUACUACAACAGUUGGCCUUAGGCAAAAUUCUAUAAAUCCCUUAGAUUUUUGAUAUGGCAGACCAAUGGCCGUAUACCGAUUUGCAGCAUUUAACAUCGAGGCGAGCGGCAGCUGUUGCCGCAUCGUCUUUCCUCUCACCCCUGUAUUCCGUUAUGAACUGUUGCAACAACACCGGUGACCCUGGUUUUGGGGCCAUGCCCAUUUCCAGCACCACCAGAAAUCGGGAACAUGGUCGCGAUUCGCCAAAUGCUGUUACCAGCACAACAUCAGCUUCCACCGAACCCAAAUCGUAUGUGUGCGACUCCUCGUCACCCGACAUGAAACCCAUUACAUCUGAUGCAAAGGUGCAAAAUUCAAUACAGUGCCAUGAAAUGCCGGCCGCCUACAGGAUUCCCGGCUACAUUGAACAUUUAUACUCGCUACAGUGCCUUAGUCCCAAUGCCUCACUACAUGACAAAUUUCCUAAUAAACAUUUUCACAUAGCUGGUUUGAGCAUGAAUUCCAGCGAUUAUUUAAGGUCUUGCAAUAUGGGCUCCGUGAGAGAUCUACAUCCGGCCAUAGCAGUCAACCUGUCAGCAGCGAACAAUGGCUAUAACUUUGGUUUGAAAAACAAGAGCAUCAACUCGCAUUCCUUCAUAGCAUCGCGUAAAAGAGCCCUCUCCUCGUCACCCUACUCGGAUGCCUUCGAUAUCAAUUCGAUGAUACGUUUCUCACCGAAUUCCUUGGCUGCUGCCAUGGGUGGUUCCUGUGCCGGUGCUAAUGUUCCCAAUGCUUGUUAUGGACAUUUAUCGGCUAGCAAUUUUAGUCCCAUACAUUCGGCCAUGGCACCACAUUUACAACAAUUACAAGCCCAUUUGUUGAGAGUAAGUGCCGGCCUGCUACAUCCAUUGUCUUCGGCCCAUCAGGUACCGGCUCCUAGUAUGCUGCCUAUGGAUCAGAAACAUCUGCUAAGCUCUAAGAGUGAUGUCCUGCCAGUUACACCGGUUAAAGAAGAAUUCUCAAGUGAAAAGGACCCCAGCGGAAAAAGCCAUCAUGAGGAACCACCACGUCUUCCAGUCGAACCCAUUUCCUCGUCAUGUAGUGAUGUCACACUUCAGGAAGCUGACAGUGCUUCAGCUGUGGAAAACAAAAAAUCACGAAAGUGCUAUACAAAAUUCUCUGGCCAAUGCCAUGAAAACAAAAACAGCAAACCUCAAAGUGAACCUUCGCCCAAUGCCACACCACACUAUGAUUGUGCCAGUGCAGAUACCACCGACCUGAAAGAUGAACCUUUGGACUUUGAGGAAACCAAUUGCCAUUGGAAGGAUUGUGAAAUUGAGUUUGGCAACUUGGAAGACUUGGUGCGUCACAUCAACAACCACCAUAUACAAAAUAAUAAGAAAACUUUUGUAUGCCGCUGGGAAAACUGUUCGAGAGGAGAAAAGCCUUUUAAGGCACAAUACAUGCUGGUUGUGCAUAUGCGACGUCACACGGGGGAGAAGCCGCACAAAUGCACGUUUGAAGGAUGUGGCAAAGCUUAUUCUCGUUUGGAAAAUUUAAAAACACACUUGAGAUCCCACACAGGAGAAAAACCUUACACUUGCGAAUAUCCAGGUUGCACUAAAGCUUUUAGCAAUGCCAGCGAUCGAGCAAAGCAUCAAAACCGCACGCAUAGCAAUGAGAAACCUUAUAUCUGCAAUGCCCCGGGCUGUUUGAAGCGCUACACUGAUCCCAGCUCAUUGAGGAAACACGUGAAGAGCGUGCAUGGUGCCGAAUUCUAUGCCAAUAAGCGGCACAAAGGCUUCAAUGAAAACAAAUACGAUGGCGAUGAUAAGUUGAAUGAGAAGAACAACCACAUACGGGAAUAUUUCCAAGGCAGCAGCAGCUCGGGCAGCCAAAGCAUCAAGAAAGAGUUCAAUGUGAAUCCCUCGCCCAAAGCACAUAUACGCGGCAUGUUCCAAAAUCCCAUUAUCAGAUCGGCUGCGGUUGCCGAAGUACUCGAAGGCGAAGACAAUGAAUGGAAUGGCCCAAUGGGUGGCUAUGAGUAUGCGGCCAACAGCGACUUUGCCUCGAACGAGGAGAGCUAUUGGGCAACAUAUGCCGAUGGGGUGGAUGUAGCCGAACUGCCACUGGUGCUGCGAACAAUGGUGGGCAUUGGUGGUCCCGGUGACCGCAUGAAUUCGCUCGGAGGUGGAGGAGGAGUUGGGGCAUCGAGAAUUGCCGCAGAUACUUCACCGCAAAGAAUGCGGUCACGUUUGCAAACUAAACACUUUGGGGCUCCCAGCAUGGGCAUUGGCAUGAGGGAACUUAAUCAGCGUAUAACCGAACUGAAAAUGGAAACAAAUGUUGAGGAGACCACCACAGUGCCAUCUUGUACAAAACAGUUUUCCGAACUGGAUCCCUCCAGUCAGGCCAUGCGGCGAGACAGCCAAAACUCGAAUACCAGCAGCUAUUAUUGCAGCAUGAACAGUCGGCGCAGCAGUCAGUGUUCACAUCAGUCUUCCAUGUCGACCAUAAGGCCACAUACUUCGUUUAAUGCUGGUUCAUUAUAUGAUCCCAUUUCGCCGGGAUGUUCGAGGCGUUCCAGCCAAAUGUAUAACAUGAAUACGGCGCAAAUGAAUCCCAUAAGGGAGCGUGUCGAUCAGGAUCCCAUGAUGGCCCACAUGGGCCAAGGCUAUAGAAAUGAUCACCACCUCAACAAUCCCUUUGUCAAUGUCAACAAGGAGAAAAUGUCAAAUCUACCCCCUCCACCUUCGUCGCAUUUGAUAGCAAAGCAUUUGCAUCAGUUGCAGUGUUCGCUACUCUCGUCCACAUAUUUAAGACAUCUAAGGCAAAAUGGACGCUACUCCAUACCCAGUACUUUGAGAUUGUCCUCAGUGCUGCCGGCUAAGAAUAAGCCAUUGUUGGAUAGGCGUUUCUCCGAGGCUCCCAAGGCAGUGAAAUUGAUUAUGUCCUGCCCAUCUUCCUUCACGUAUUCACUGUUGACAACGCAGCUUGUCAAAGCCAUAGAACAAGUGAACAGGUCCCGGUCCGCCGAGGCCAGGGAACUUAUGGAGGUCUCUUUGGAUCACCAUCCCAAUGAGAAGAUCAACCUCGAUGAGGUGGAUGAGGAUGAGUUGAUUGAGAAUAAAUUACUAGUCCUGCCCGACGAGAUGUUGCAAUACCUAAACCAAGUGGCCAAGCAUGCCGAACGCAAUAACGCCGAGACACAAGGCAUGAACACAAAUCAGACGAGAUUUUUACAGCCCAUGCAUAACAGUACAAUGAUGCCUCCAAACCCACCGGCUGCCAACAAUGGCAAUAACUCACAUAGGAACUACGAUAUAUAUUCCUAUGAUGGCCAUCACUAUAUGAAAUAUCCGCCAUAUUACGACUGUGCCAAUUACUAUUCCCAAUAUCCCAUGAGUACAAGUCACCAAAAGCGUGAAAGUUGUCCCGCAGCAGUAACGGCAGCCACUUGUGCUAACAACGAUCCAGUCGACAGCUCCAUGACCAGCCUAGUGGAUUGGAGAACUGAACAGGGGCAAACGGCUGGAGUUCGCCAUGCGCCCCAUGAAAUACAAUGUAACGAUAUAUCCCAAUCACAAAUGUCACCGGCUGUAUGCACCAAUAAUCCCGCCGGCACCAGCGCCUACAAUCAAUACACCAGCAUUUCCUCAACCACCUUUCACAAUGAGAGCAGUACCAAUCCCUCAUACGCGAACAAUGCGGGCAAUGCCAUGCAAACUGAUGCCUAUCAGCGUACUCUGGAAUAUGUGCAGAACUGCCAGAGCUGGUUGAAGUCCUCCAACAAGAAUGCUCCCAAUGAGAAUGCUUUAUAUUGCGACCCCAACAAUCCGGCUAUGGGCCCAGUUGCCGCAGCAGGGGGUGGUGUUGCUCCUGCUGCCGCCGCUGCUGCCCCUGUGGCUGGCCAGACAAAUAUUGCAGCAAGCUGUACUUAUCCCACCAACAACAUGGUCAUCAAUGACAUGAACUCAUCGCUGACUUCUCUGUUUGAAGAGGAUCUAUGCUUCAAACUGAUAUAAGUUUACAAAAUGACAUUAUUUUUACACAAUAUUUCCUAAAGAACUAAACUACUUAGUAAGUACUCGUACUUUGUCAUACAAGCAUACCGAACAUACAUACAUACGAAUUCAUUCAUUCA